CUACACAGCGGUCGUCAUUUAGGAAAAUUUGAACCCGCCUAUUGGAGGCCGGGUGAGGAAGCGGGGGGGGAACCAAGGUUUUUUGUUUUUUUUAACCCGCCUCCCUCCUCACCGCCUACUCUCCACGCCACGCCCCAAUCCCUAUAAAAGGCCCCACCCAGUGUCCGGGACAGCGAGAAGGAAGUUCGUGCUCACUGUUGGCUCCCUAAACGGGUCGAUUAGUGGGGCAGCUUUUCUUUUGUGUGUACUUUCCCGCUCCUGCUCGCCGAGAACAUGCGUGAGUGCAUCUCCAUCCACGUUGGCCAGGCCGGUGUCCAGAUUGGCAAUGCCUGCUGGGAGCUCUACUGCCUGGAACAUGGUAUCCAGCCGGAUGGGCAGAUGCCCAGUGACAAGACGAUUGGGGGCGGAGACGACUCCUUCAACACAUUCUUCAGUGAGACGGGAGCUGGCAAGCACGUCCCCAGAGCUGUGUUCAUAGACUUGGAGCCAACUGUGAUUGAUGAAGUGCGCACUGGAACUUACCGCCAACUCUUCCAUCCCGAGCAGCUCAUCACUGGCAAGGAAGAUGCUGCCAACAACUAUGCCAGGGGCCACUACACGAUUGGCAAAGAGAUCAUUGACUUGGUCCUUGAUAGGAUCAGGAAGCUGGCGGACCAGUGCACGGGUCUCCAGGGCUUCCUGGUCUUCCACAGCUUUGGGGGUGGCACCGGCUCUGGUUUUACUUCCUUGCUGAUGGAGCGCUUGUCUGUCGACUAUGGCAAGAAGUCCAAGCUGGAGUUCUCAAUCUAUCCAGCUCCACAAGUCUCCACGGCUGUCGUUGAGCCCUACAAUGCCAUCCUGACCACCCACACCACCCUAGAGCACACAGACUGCUCCUUCAUGGUGGACAAUGAAGCCAUCUAUGACAUCUGCCGCAGGAAUCUCGACAUUGAGCGCCCCACAUAUACCAACCUCAACCGCCUUAUCAGCCAGAUUGUGUCCUCCAUCACAGCCUCCCUGCGAUUUGACGGUGCCCUGAAUGUAGACCUGACAGAAUUCCAGACCAAUCUGGUGCCCUAUCCCCGUAUCCACUUCCCACUGGCUACCUAUGCCCCCGUCAUCUCUGCUGAGAAAGCUUACCAUGAACAGCUGACUGUAGCAGAGAUCACCAAUGCUUGCUUUGAGCCAGCCAACCAGAUGGUGAAAUGUGACCCUCGCCACGGUAAAUAUAUGGCCUGUUGCCUGUUGUACCGAGGCGAUGUUGUUCCCAAAGAUGUCAAUGCUGCUAUUGCCACCAUCAAGACCAAACGUAGCAUCCAGUUUGUGGACUGGUGCCCUACUGGUUUCAAGGUUGGCAUCAAUUACCAGCCCCCCACCGUGGUCCCCGGGGGUGACCUGGCCAAAGUGCAGCGUGCUGUCUGCAUGCUGAGCAACACCACAGCCAUUGCUGAGGCCUGGGCCCGCCUGGACCACAAGUUUGACCUGAUGUAUGCCAAGCGUGCCUUUGUCCACUGGUACGUUGGGGAGGGGAUGGAGGAAGGGGAGUUCUCGGAGGCUCGGGAGGACAUGGCUGCCCUAGAGAAGGAUUAUGAAGAGGUUGGGGCAGACAGUGCUGAUGGGGAGGAUGAGGGCGAAGAAUACUAACUCUGUAUUGGUUUGUGUUUCUGCUUUUUCCUCCUCCAGUCUCUUUCUUGAUCCCUGUUACUGUCCAUUGUGUCAAUGCUCAUUAAAAGUGCUCUUCAGUUAAAA